CUUUAGAAAAUCCAACUACCUCUCCAUUCUCCACAACAAACUCCUCAUAAAGAAUUCAAAAAAAUCCCCUUCUCUCUCUCUAUAAAAUAGUAAACCCUCCUCUCCCUUUGCCUCUUCUCUCAAAAAAAAUAUAAGUGGAACUCCACAACCCAAAAACACAUUUCAUUUUUGUCCCAAAACCUAAACAAAACAAAAUGGCUACCGAUCUUCAAAAAUCAUCCCUCCUCCUCCAAAGACUCCCCGAUGCACCGGCCGCGGCCUACAAGCAGCCAUACCGCCACGCGACGGCGGCCCAGGUCCCCGAGCACGUGGCGAGAUACCACACCCACGCGGUGGGGCCGGAUCAGACGUGCUCGGCGACGACGCAGCUGAUCUCGGCCCCCGUGGCGACCGUGUGGUCGGUGGUGCGGCGCUUCGACAACCCGCAGGCGUACAAGCACUUCGUGAAGAGCUGCCACGUGGUGCUCGGCGACGGCGACGUCGGCACGCUGCGGGAGGUCCGCGUCAUCACCGGAAUGCCGGCGGUCAGCAGCACGGAGCGCCUAGAGAUACUCGACGACGAGCGCCACGUCAUCAGCUUCAGGAUCGUCGGCGGGGACCACCGCCUCGCCAACUACCGCUCCGUCACCACGCUGCACGCGGCGGCGGGCGGCGCCGGCACCGCGGUGGUGGAGUCGUACGUGGUGGACGUGCCGCCGGGGAACACGGAGGAGGAGACGUGCGUGUUCGUCGACACGAUUGUGAGGUGCAAUUUGCAGUCGUUAGCUCAGAUUGCUGAGAAUUUAUGCAGACGAAAUUCAUCUUCUUCAAUUUAAUUUAAUUUUUUUCUAAUAUAUUUGGGGGAAAAAAUCUUGAUUGUUGUAACUUGUAAAGUUUGGGACAUGAGUUCGAUCGAUCGUGUAAAAUAGAUGUUUGUUACCGAAUUGUUUUAAGGAAAAUGUUUUAAUUUA